AUGUUCAAGUUGGCUAAGAGUAGAAAUAAGAGUACGAAAGAUUUAAUACACAUACGGCAGAUGAAGGACGAAAGUGGAAGUGUGUUGAUAAGAUGGAAGCAGCAUUUUCAAAAGCUGCUAAAUGAAGAAAAUGAUAGAUAUUUGAGAGGAGAUGGAGAGCCGAAUGAUCAAGAAGUAGCUGAAAUAACUAGAGAAGAGGUGAAUGCUGCACUAAAGAAGAUAAAGAAUGGAAAAGCUAUGGGACCCGAUGAUAUACCAGUGGAAACACUAAAGAAGGACCGGCAAAGAUGUCAAGUUUUGGCAAGAUUAGAAAUAAGAGUAACGAAAGAUUUAAUACACAUAACGGCAGAUGGGCCGAAAGUGAAGUGUGUGGAUAAGAUGAAGCAGCAUUUUCAAAAGCUGCUAAAUGAAGAAAAUGAUAGAUAUUUGAGAGGAGAUGGAGAGCCGAAUGAUCAAGAAGUAGCUGAAAUAACUAGAGAAGAGGUGAAUGCUGCACUAAAGAAGAUAAAGAAUGGAAAAGCUAUGGGACCCGAUGAUAUACCAGUGGAAAUAUCCACUGCCCUCUGCCGACAGUUCACCGCAACCCUGGUUAUGGGAGCUAUAGGGUGCUAUCCUUUGUUCAAGGGGAACCCCUAG